UUUUAAAAUCUAAUAAUUUUUGGAACAUAUUGUUUUUUAACAUUAAAAGAAAAAUUACAUAUUGAAAUUUUAAUCGGAGUUUGAUCGAAGUCGCCCAUAGAUACGCGCAUGAUAUACGCGAUCAGGGAGCCGAGGGAGAAUGAUCAGCAAAAUGGCAGAUCCUUUGGAAAAAUUGGUUGUCCCACGAGAAAAGAAUUUCAUUAAACAAAAUAUUCUUUGCGCAAAGCGUUCCUAUCCGGCCGAGCCGAAACAACGAUCCGUUGAUACUCGUCACGGUGACACGUAUGAUUUAAAGAAAAGCGGAUUAGUUCCGAUUUAUGUGCACAAGAAAAAUUAUGGAAAAGCACCGAGAUUUAUUGCGAUUGGUGCGAAAGACGAUGCGAAGAUAGAAACGGAGAUGGAUAGAGACGGAGAACGGCUUAAUGGAGUUAAGAUAUCAAAAAUAUCGGCAUGCCGAUACAUCGACAAAGAGGAGCGAAGGCAGCUGCUAGAUGAUAUGAAGCAAAAGUGGGAAGAGGAGAUGAAGCGAUUUCGAGGAUUGCCGUUCCUCGCGGACACGCUGCCAAAGGCGCAGAAGAAGGCGAGGCUGGAGCGCGAGUUGCAGCAGCUCGAGAAAGACAUAGCGACUAUCGAGCAACAUCCGCACAUGUACGUUUAUGACGACGCAACGCCCAAAUCCCAAGACUGAUGUAUUAUAACACCAACUAUAUCGAAACUCUAUACAUGCUUAUAUAGCGAUAUUUUGGCAUUCAAGCUCAAGCCUGGAAUUAUAAUUACUGUGUAUAAAAACCGUAGAAUAUUUAUGCACAAUAAAUGAAUCGCUUUUCUUAUACACUCAAAUAAAUAACUCAAAUUUUUUACCUAA